ACCUAUCCCACAUCUCCUGCAAAUUCACAUGGAUUUUUCCAGCCCCAGAAAUCAAGCAAGGAAUACUUCAUCACUCGUUCUUGCCCAAGCAGGGAGGUGGCCCAGAAAACACACAAAAUCCAGCCGAUCACUUGUCCACCAAGCCAAGUUCAUGGACGAAUCUAUUCUUCUCCUCUGUUUUACCUCUUGAUCUCUGAACAUGCAAAUGACUCUAGUAUAUAUAUAUAAGGCCACUGGCACCAACACAAAGACCACCAGCAGAAGCAUUUCGACUCAGCGCAUCACAUUUAGCUCAGGGAGAUCAAGAAGAGCCGCAUCCAUGAACGCCGCCAGGGGCAUCAACCGCACGUAUGAGGAGUACGACCCCACCGUCGAGUGGAGCCGCGCCGCGGAGGCCGACACCGUCAAGAUCUCCCUCCCAGGGUUCAAGAAGGAGGAGUUACAGGUGGUGGUCGACAGCCACGGCCACAUGCAGGCGCGCGGCACGCGGCCGGUCGCCGGCACCAGGUGGAGCCGCUUCCAGAAGGACUUCAAACUUCCGCAAAACUGCAACGUCGAUGGCAUCCGCGCCAAGUUCGAGAACGAGACGCUCACCAUCACGCUCCCCAAGAAGAGCCCCUCGCCGCAGGCGGUGGCCCCGGCGCCACCGUCCGUGCCGGAGCCAAGGAGGCCGGCGAAGGCGCCUCCGCAGAAGCCCCCGCAGGCGCCUCCUGAGCCGCCAAGGCCUGCGCCAUCCUCGGUGCCGGCGAAGCCGUUGGUUCCUGCUACUUCACGGAAGCUGCAGCCUGCCCCUUCCCAGAAGCAGCCAGCCCAGCGCAGGCCGUCGGCUCUCGAGCCGGCGCCAGCGGUGCCCGCGCGGCUGCCCUCCGUGCCGACACCGGCGCCGGAGGUGGAACCCCCGAAGACGUACAACGGCGGCGCUGCAAUCACGAAGCCCGAGCCGGUGGCCGCCAUCCCGAAGCCGAAGGAGCAGGAGCAGGUGAAAGAGGCCAAGAAGCCGUCGUUGGAGGAGGAGAAACGGAUGGAGAGGGAGGCGAUGGGGAAGAUGGGGGAGGACAGGAAGGCGAUACAGGAGAAGGAGAAGGAGGAGGAGAAGGCCAAGGAGGAGGCGGCAGUGAUGGGAGAGAUGGACAUGGCGCGCCGGCCUAGGCCGAUCUCCGCGAGCCGCGGGAUGCUGGUGAACGUGGCGGUCGCGGUGGUGGUGCUCAUCGGGAUCACCGUCUACGUGUGGCACACCCUGCGGAACGCCACCGGUGGCGCCGGCGACCACGGGGAGCUAGGAUCCGGGAGCAACGGCGACGAGAUGUGAGCAAAUCGCAUCCACUCUGGGUAUUGAGGUGUGACGGUGUGAGUACACACUAAACUGGCGAGUAUAUAUACACGUACGAGGACAAGUACAUAUAUGCGUGGUAUUUGUUAAUCGUCUGGUGUUACAGAUUAAAGACAUGUCAUUUGCUUGGUUGAUCGAUUUGAUGGAAUAAGAUGAUGAACAGAUACCUU